AGGUAUACUUGUGUAUUUAACUGUGUAUUAAAGGUAUACUUGUGUAUGUGACUGUGUAUUGAAGUCUUGAAUACUUGCCAACUGUGGUUUAACCGUCAAAAUUGGCUUCCUGUAAAUCAUGUGAUACAGCAGGGGUUCUGUUAUAAGUUCAAGCAGCAACUUUGUUAUCCCCGCACAAAAACAGAAUCAUCACAUCAGAAAAAACAAGACCAUUUGAGUUGCUUCUCUCAACUGGAUAGCAGUCAUGGCAGAUUGUCUGCAUUUCUCUCAUGGGAAUGAACAAAUGUACACUUCAUUAGGAAAACAACUAAAUGAAGUUACAAUAAACAGUAGGUCAAUAAAAGGAUUGCUCACAAGGUACAUCCUAAACACAAAGACUCUAAUUGAUGGAGGAGAAAGACUGAAGAGAGAGAGAUUUGGAAAAGAAGAUGAGAGAAAACCUCAUAAAACCAUAUUACUGGUUGGAGAAACAGGAACAGGGAAGUUGACUCUCAUCAACGCCAUGCUCAACUACAUGCUGGGAGUGAAAUGGGAAGACAGAGUCUGGUGUGAGAUCAUAGAGACGAAAGGAGACCAAACUGAAACUCAGACCAGUGCAGUGACUGUGUAUGAUGUGUUUGUUGAGGAGAGUCCGUUCUCUCUCACUGUCAUUGACACACCUGGAUAUGGAAGCACAGGAGGGACUGAAAAUGAUUUUAAAAUUGCUGAAACUUUACAUGAGUUAUUCAGAUCCAGAGAUGGAGUUCAUGAAAUUGAUGCAGUGUGUCUUGUGGUAAAAGCAGACACCACUCGACUCACAGAGACACAGCUGUAUGUUUUUGAUGCCAUUCUCUCUUUAUUUGGCUUUGAUGUGGAGAGAAACAUUGUUCUGCUCAUCACACACAGCACAAAAAAGCCAACAAACACCCUUAGAGCCAUCAAAGAAUCUAAAGUCAAAUGUGCUAAGACGUCUGAUGGAAAGCCUGUGUACUUCAGCUUUAACAACUUUCACUGUGCAGAGUUUCAGCAGGAAGAAGAAGACGAGACAGACUAUGAAGCAGAAUACCAAUCAUACAGGGCACCAUGGGUAAAAAACGAGGAGACCCUGAACAAGUUUUUUGUUUUUCUGAAUAAUGUUAACCCCAUAAAUUUGAGUCUGACUGAAAGUGUGCUGAGAAAACGCAAACAGCUGAAAGCAGCCAUCAACAAUUUAAAGGAUCAAAUCACACUGAUAGAACUCAGAAAGGAUGAGCUUAAACAGACAAAAGCAGCUCUGGAACAAUAUGAGAAAGAAAAGAAGGACAUGAAUAACUUUGAAUAUGAAGUUGAUGAGCCCUACAAAGUAAAGGUUCCUAUAGACUCUAAGUGGUGGCACUUAACCAAAGAGGCGACUUGCUGCAGAGUGUGUGAGGAGAACUGUCAUUUUCCUGGAUGCUGGUGGGUCAGAGAUCUCUCACAGUGCAGCGUCAUGUCAGAUGGAAAGUGCACAGUUUGUACUGGAAAGUGUGACUACACUCUGCAUGUUAAAGAGGGGAAAAUCUAUGAGUUAAAGACUUGGAAGGUGAAGAAGACUAUCAAAGAUCUGAAAAAGAAAUAUGAGAAAAAGUCUGGAGAGAAAAUGAGUUUGAUGAGCAGACUGGAGAAUGAAUUAAGGGAAAAUGAAAGAGAGAAAGCCAGGCUGGUGGAAGAGUGUUAUCAGUGUGUGGUCACUCUUGAUGAGAUAGCCUUAAAGCCUAUAGCUGGGUCUACCCUUCAGCAUCUGGACUUCCUGAUUGAGAAAGUGAAAGAAACAAGAAAAACGGAAAGAGUUCUUAAGCUGGAAGAACUGAAGAGAAGAGCUGAAGCUAAAAAAACCCAGGACUGUUGGGACGCCUGAUGAAAUUCUGGUAUUCAUAAGAAAGAAGCAAAACUGCUCUGCUUUAAAUCUCAACAAGAUCAUCAAGCCUGAA